ACUUGGGCUCGCGCUUCCCGGCCCGGCGCGGAGCCCGGGGCGCCCGGAGCCCCGCCAUGUCGCAAUCCAACCGGCAGAAGGAGUACAAAUGCAGGGACCUGGUGUUCGCCAAGAUGAAGGGUUACCCACACUGGCCAGCCCGGAUUGACGAGAUGCCUGAAGCUGCGGUGAAAUCAACAGCCAACAAAUAUCAAGUCUUUUUUGGGGGGACCCAUGAGACAGCAUUCCUGGGCCCCAAAGACCUCUUCCCUUAUGAAGAGUCCAAGGAGAAGUUUGGCAAGCCCAACAAGAGGAAAGGGUUCAGCGAGGGCCUAUGGGAGAUCGAGAACAACCCUACUGUCAAGAACGACGUGAUAUAA